AUGAAGGGCUCAUUAUCAAGACAAGAAGUUGCAAAGCACACCUCCGAGGAUGAUCUCUGGAUCAUUGUCGACCACAAGGUGUACGAUGUAACGGAUUUUGUCGACGYACACCCUGGUGGCGAGGUUGUUCUACGACAAGUUGCAGGCGAAGACGCGACAGAGGCCUUCUACAACCUCCAUCGCCACGAAGUCCUCCAGAAUUACAAGAGCUUGCUCAUCGGCACUCUCGAUGGCGAGACACCUGAAGUAGCCGAUUACAAGCCAGGCGAUCUCAGCACCGUUCCAUACGCCGAACCUCUUUGGUUGAACCCAGCGUUCAAGAGCCCAUACUACAAGGAAAGCCACCACAAGCUACGACAAGCAUGCCGAGAGUUCAUCGACACACACGUUAUCCCCGAGGCCAAGGAAAGGGAGAUGAGUGGCCAACAUAUUUCGCAAGAGUUGAUCAAUAAGAUGGCUGAGGUGAACUUGCUUGCUUGCAGGUUGGGUCCAGGAAAACACAUGCACGGCAGGAAUAUCUUCAACGGAGCAGUCGAGGGCAAGGACUACGAUUACUUCCACGACUUGAUCGUCUGCCAGGAGCUCGCAAGAGCUUCGCAGAGAGGUUUCCAGGAUGGCAACAUGGCUGGCAUGACCAUCUCCUUGACUGCGAUCCAUCAGUGGAGCAAGGACGACGAACUCCGCGAGCGAAUCUCUCGCGAGGUGCUCUCUGGCCAGAAGAAGACUUGUCUUGCCGUGACAGAGGCCUUUGCCGGUUCUGAUGUUGCUGGUCUUAGGACUACAGCUGAGCUCAGCGAGGACGGCGAGCACUAUAUCGUUAAUGGAACGAAGAAGUGGAUCACCAACGGAAUGUUCUGCGACUACUUCGUUACCGGCUGCCGAACGAAGAAGGGCUUUACCGUGCUCAUCAUCGAGAAGGGUGAGGGUGUCGAGGUCAAGCCAGUCAAGACCAGUUACAGUGCCGCCGCUGCAACGACCUACAUCGAGUUCAACAACGUCAAGGUCCCCAAGCGAAACAUUCUCGGACCAGCAGACAAGGGCUUCGCCGUCAUCAUGGCUAACUUCAAUCACGAACGUUUCAUGAUGGCUGCUAUGACAUCCCGAUGGAUCCGAACCGUAACAGAGGAGUGCUUGAAAUGGGCACACCAGCGAAUGGUGUUCGGCAAGCCCUUGGUCCAACAACCCGUCAUUCGCCAGAAGCUCUCCAAGAUGAUCCAAUACACCGAAGCCCUCCAGGCAUGGACCGAAUCAAUCACAUAUCAAAUGUGCAACAUGCCCUACGACGAGCAGAGCAAGCACUUGAGCGGUCCCAUUGGUUUGCUGAAGGUCUUCAGCACACGCGCUGGCCACGAGAUUGCGGAUGAGUCCAUUGGAAUCUUCGGCGGCAGAGGUCUGACGCAGACUGGAAUGGGUCGUGUGAUUGAGAUGUUCAACAGAACGAACAAGUUUGACGCUGUCCUUGGUGGAACUGAGGAGAUUUUGGGCGAUCUCGGCGUGAGGCAGGCGAUGAAGUUUAUGCCUGUUGGUGCUAAGCUUUGA